AGCAUGAUCAUGAAUGUCACGCCUCAAUGGCUGUUAAUGAUGCCUAGUCGAUGAGAAGCGUUUGCUUGCGAGUCGAUUUUCAGUCAGAACUAUGGACACAAAAUCGGAUGACAUCAGGCAGAUCAGCAAGCGAUCCUCUCCAUCUUUCCUCAGCUCGUUCAGCUCGUUCAGCUCGUUCAGCUCUACUUCUGGCGACAAUGCAUGAUGCAACUCAUGGUAUAGAUGGAUAGUACUGAAGAGACACAGUCGACAGGGUCGGCCACAAGCAGUCCAUAUGAAUACCCGAAUAAGAAGUUCAGCUCCACAAGGGACUACCUCGAAUGGCUCUCGAUAGCAGUCAUGGAAGCGCACACCACGAGCCACGGCUUCGACCCCAUCCUCUUCCAACACGUCGCUUCCGAUUUCGAGAUGGUCAACGCGUCGGUUCACGAAUGUCCGUUGCCUCCGGCUGCCAAUCUGGCGGAACAUCUGCAACAGAUUGUGCAAUUCAGAAAAGACAACCCGGGGUGGAAAGUCAACGCUACAAAUGUCAGCGUCAGCUUGCUGAAAGGCUCCAACUCGGCUGAAGUGUGGUUGACGAUGAGAGGAUGCGAUGCGGACGACAUCACCUUCAACCGCGAGAGUGUGAGCAUAUUACACUGGCGGAGGCGAUCGACAGAUGGUGUCUGGGUCUGCUAUAGGCAUACUGGGAUAAGAGGUCCGGGUGAUAGUCUGGCCGCCACUGGCGUAUGAGAGGACCAGGGAAGUGGUUGUGUCUCAAAGGGCAGACAGGCGGUGCGCCGCGGUCAUAUACCCGGGUGGGUGAUGGGGUCCAGCAGCACCAUGCCUGCCGAACCGCCCUGCGCGUCAGCACUUCAAGAUGCAUAGCGUGAUUAGGAGAUGCUCACAGAACACGUUGGCACAAUACGCCUCCUGUAGACCGUGGAUGCUGACCAACAAAGUCCUCCCUGCAUCGCGCCUCAGAAGUGGAUUGUCGAUCGGAGAAGACAUUCAACACAAUGUCGUGUACAUAAGGUUAUUCGAGACAUAUGCUGCUAUAUCGACUGGCUCUUCCACCGAAAAUGCAUAGCUGAACCAAUACUCCCU